CAUUAGCUUAACUUUUCUUUCUUCCCAGUUUCAUCUAUCACAUCCCAAAAGCAAAUGUUAAUUUUUGACGACUUUUUGGACAAUAAGCAUGCCAGCAUGGUUACCUUUUGCAGACAAUACAAAAACGAGUACACAAAUAUACUUAAUCACAAUAGAAUGCCUAUCAUAUGAUAUUUAGGGUAGUUAGUCUUACCGGCGUGUUACAAAUCAUAAAAAUGAUUUCACACAUGCUGCACAACUUAGAAAUAGUCCAUACAGCUACUCCUUACACUUAAAACAUAUCAAAGAGUGUGCCAGCACUCCAGAGAUUAAAUCCUGUGUGUGUGACUCAGGCUAAAUAAAAAUGAUUUCCGCUGGUUCAGUCUGUAGCUGCAGAUGAGAAUCCACCAGUGGUGUAAGGUGUUGUUACGGUAAUGAUAGACUGUGUGACUGUGGGAUUAUUGACAUCUUUAGAGCUUCUGAUUUUUGAAUCAUAAUAGGUUUUCAUGGAUAAUGCGUUUAAUCUUACCCACUUUACUCUUAACGGGUAUGAGGAACUUGGCAAAUACAUAUAUCUUUGUUUUUUCAUAAUGUUUGCGGUAUAUGUUUUGAUAAUAUGUGGUAACUCUGCAAUUGUUUACAUCAUCUGCAGCCACAAAGACCUCCAUAAACCCAUGUACGUUUUCAUUGCUGCUCUGUUACUGAACUGUUUUAUUUAUAGCACCACUGUUUAUCCAAAACUUUUGAUAGACUUCCUGUCUGAAGAGCAAAUCAUUUCCUAUUCUUCCUGCCUCCUUCAGUUUUUCAUGUUUUACUCUGUUGGUGGUUCAGAGUUUUUACUGCUUGCAGCCAUGGCCUAUGACAGAUAUGUGUCUAUAUGUAAACCUCUGAGAUAUGCAGCUAUCAUGACCAAAAGAAUAGUGACAGCUUUGCUGAUUUUAGCAUGGACUGUACCUCCUUUUCAUAUGUCAGUUUUGACUAUUCUAAACGCUGAAGCUAAAAUCUGCAAAUUUGAUAUAAAUGGAAUAUUCUGUAACAACACAAUGUACAAAAUUUACUGCUUGAGCUCAAGAAUGGUGACUGUGAUUGGCAUAGUGACUUUAGUAGAUCUUUCAAUUCUUCCUAUGCUUUUCACAGUUUUUACGUAUGCAAAGAUAUUUAUAAUUUCCUAUCAAAGUUGUAAAGAGUUCAGGAGAAAGGCUGCUGAGACCUGUUUCCCUCACCUGCUGGUUUUAUUCAGUUUCUCCUGCUUGGUUUUGUAUGAUGUCAUUAUAGCUCGAGUGGAUUCAGAUAUUCCCAAAAUUGCACGAUUACUUAUGACAUUGCAGGCAAUUCUAUAUCACCCUUUAUUGAACCCAUUCAUUUAUGGGCUCAAGAUGAAAGAAAUUUCUAAACACUUAAAAAGGUAUUUAUGUUGA